CACUUAGUACGUCACUUCGGUGAGUUCACUCUAUUGCGUAUGUGUUUCUUAGAUGUUGACAGAGUUAUAGCCUUCUCAGUAGACCUGUCCUCUAACUCUUGCAAUUGAAAAUCAGAAGCGACAUUGAAGUGCUGAUUAAUCAGUUCAAAUUUGGGCUGAAAUAAAUAAAAUCCGAAACUGAUUUUUGCACUCUCUCAGUGCUUUUGUCUACAUACCCUCACAUAUGCUGGGUUUUUCGACGGUUUGCUGAUAAACCAAGCACCUGUUUAGGGAUAAUGCUGAACCAUAUAUAAUGCUAAACGGCUACUUUACAUGUAUUGAAAACCCAGCGUCUGUUGAAAUAAUGUGCGUAUUGCUGGAAAAUAGUAGUUGUUGUCAUAGUAAUGCUGAUAAUGCUCGACGAAUUUUGUGGGGAAAAUUGUAUCUUUCCAAUAUCUGCCGUACAAAAGAGCAUUAUAUCAGCUGUGUUGUACAGCCGGCUUACCUAUUGAAAGACGUCAAAAGAAUAAAUUCAGUCAAAUUGGGACACCUGUUGUUCUUUUCAGUCUGGAGCAAUCAUAUCGUUUCGUCACAGUAAUUUGGCCGUGAAAUUCCGUGAGAUUAUAAUAUGGAAACAGUUGUAUUGGUCACAGGAGGCACAGGUUUGGUUGGAAAUGGCAUCCAAUUGGCCUUGGAGAAUAUCAAUGAUUCUCUUAAAAGGGACGGUGAAAAAUGGAUAUUUUCGUCUUCUAAGGAUGUCAAUCUUGCAGACAGUGCUGCCACUAGAGCAUAUUUUGAGCGUAUCCGACCAACCUACGUAAUACACCUUGCAGCUAAAGUUGGUGGUUUAUUUGCCAAUAUGUCUGGCAAUCUUGAAUUUUUCCGCCAAAACAUGCUCAUAAAUGAUAAUGUUUUGUCAAGUAGCCAUACAGUUGGUGCAAAAAAGGUGAUUUCCUGUCUUUCAACAUGUAUAUUCCCUGAUCGCACAUCUUAUCCUAUUGAUGAGACGAUGGUUCACAAUGGACCACCUCAUGAUUCCAAUUAUGGAUAUUCAUAUGCCAAGCGCAUGAUUGACGUAAUGAAUAGAGGGUACAGCGAAACAUAUGGGGUUCUCUAUACAUCUGUCAUUCCUACAAACGUAUUUGGACCAUUCGACAACUUUGAUAUCAAUCAAGGACAUGUUCUUCCUGGCCUUAUUCAUAAAGCUUAUUUAGCCAAAAAAAAUAAUGAACCGCUAACUGUUUGGGGUACAGGUGCACCGCUGCGCCAGUUUAUUUAUUCUGUCGACUUGGGUCACUUGAUUAUUUGGGUAUUGCGGGAGUACAAUGAUUCUGCUCCAAUUAUAUUGUCCGUACCAGAAAGUGAUGAAAUUUCUAUUCGUCAAGCAGCUGAAGCAGUAGCUAAGGCAAUGGAUUGUCCCAAUCUCGUUUUUGAUACAACAAAAGCAGAUGGACAGUUUAAGAAGACUGCUAAUGCAUCAAAACUUCGUCGACUUUACCCUGACUUUAAAUUCACUCCUUUUGAACAAGCUAUCGAGAGUACAUGCCAAUGGUUCCGUAACAAUUACGACAAGGCUCGAUAUUAAUUGUGCUAAAAAAUAACUUCUACAAAUGUAUUAUUUUGAAAGAGUGGUUUUUAGUGUGGUGAUUUUUUUUCUCUCAUAUAAUCAAGUACUUUGAUUAAUGUAGACAAGCAAUUUUUGUUUUGAUAGACUCAGCACUCUCAAUGUGUUGGAUAUUUUAUUACAAAAUAAAAUACUGGAAAAAUAUUUUAACAACUCUUUCUAAAACAUAUUUCAGUCACAUUCCAGUCAAACUCUGGAUUUUGCCAUUGUUUUAAUUGAUUCAUCUGAGAGUUGAAUUAUCUCCAGCUACAUACAUUAUGUAAAACGGUUUACCGUGAAGACAGCAAAAUACAGCAUCCGAGUUGAACUUUAAAAUCUGAAAACGUAAUACUUUUGGCAGUUGGUUGAUAAAACCAAGUCCCGAAUAGUCGGAACAAACAAUCAACGAUACAAUGUAAAGUUAUUACUGUCUAUUUAAACUCUUAAAUCAGUUGUGUGCAAGUGGAAUGAUGAUUGUCAUAAACUAUCGCUAGCCGUAUCAUAACCUGCUGUAAUCGGGUUUCAAUGAGCAACGUAUCAACAUAAUUUAUUACACUUCUCAAUAAAUCAUCUACUAUAAGUCACCAAAAAAUGGCGAUAUAGAAAUAUACCUAAGCAUAGGUGAAAAGACACGAAAACGCAUCCACAUUACUGCUGUUCCACAGAGUUAUAGUACCUAUUCGUUACUUUUAGUUGAAUAGAAAACUCAAACUAGAUGGCUUACAUAGUUUGGGCUGAAAGUCACAAAUUUUGUGAAUUAAUGUAGGUACUUUAUCUGUUUCCUCAUAUCUUCACUUUAACCUUUUCGUGCAGUAUUGACCAUUGACAUGAGCACUAUCCUACAUGUCACUCAUUUCCUAUCCACCCUUAUUAACCUCUGUUGUUUAUUUUCAAUUCUUAUCGGAAAAUAAAUGUUUCCAAAUAAAUAUAGGUUGAAAAAGUAGUUGUCCAGGAUGAAGAAACUUCUCACUUAUUUGUGUCGUAAUUGACUUAAUAAGAAUAAUACGGGGUUUCGAAAAGAGUUAAUUCCACUUAUUAGACUGAUGCAGGUUGGUAUGGAAAUGCUUUUUUUUGGUAACCACGUCGUAAUGUUUGUAUAAGAUCUACUGAUGAAACAGAAAUGUCAUUGUGACCUGUGUAAAUUUAAACCAACACACAAAUAGUCCUCAAAGUUUUCAGAUAAGUCGUUCAAUAAUAGCACAGGUUAAAGGUAUGUAAAUAUAAUAUUUUAUGGACACUAUCUGUUAGCUUAAUGACUUUCCUUUUUAAUCAUGAUGGCAAAUACUCAGUAUCAUAUUCUCCAAGUUACCUUUUGGUAAGUUAGACGUAGCCUUCACUACAGGAACAAGGGCCCAUCAUACUUCACUAAAAAUUUGCGCAGAGUUCUAUGUUGGUAAAUUAAUGAGUCAAAUUUCCAAUAGUCUGCGUACUCACUUUUCACAAAUAGCUGGAUUUAUAGGGGCUGGAAAGAUAUUUGCAUUUUAAACACUUACGCAACCCGCGUAAACUUAAUCAGAGGUUUGUUCAUUAAUCGUACUACACCUUAUUUCUUCACUUUAUUAGAUGAAAAAGUGUAGAACUUAAACAACAUUAUCCAUUAUCUAAUUUAUGAUACUACGUCGUUUAUGUAUAUUAAUGUAAAAAUUGAAUUUCUCUGAAUAUACCAGCUUCUUUCAUAGACCAAGGUUAAUUAACUUCAGUGAAUAAAUUGAAUUUUAGAAAAUCUAUACCACCUUAUUGUACUAUGAAUAAACAAAGGAUUAAACUGAUAGAAUUAAGAUAGGUCAAAAAUGUGAUUCAAUGCUAAAAAUAGAUAACUCAGAUAAAUAAAAUAUGCUGGUUUUUUAUGAAAUGAUGAAUCCAGAUGUUUAAUUUCUUAUGCCGUAUGAACUACAGAUUGUUGUGAGGUAUUUGUUUACCAGAGAAAAGUCAACUUGAUUGUGAGUACUAUUAUCUUUUAAACAACGGUUUAGUACAACAAUAAAACCAAGGAAUGUAUGAAGCCGAUAGCUGACUAUACAAGAGUGGAAAUCGGAGAUGGAACGAAACCCUUUAGAGCGAAGCACUGUUCGAGUUAGCAGGGUUCGACUUUUAAGAAAUUCUUCAUUUGCAACAAUGGCUUUUUUAAAUUCUUUACGCUCUCAGUUGUUCAUAGGGCUUCAAGCUAGAGGCUU